AUGCGGUUCUCUGAGCAAAACCUUCUCAGCCGGCGGGACCUCAGGGCUGGUGACACGGAGGACCCCUUCAUUAAGACCUCCUACGUGUACACCGUCAGUUCUUGCAUGCUCCUUGUGGUGGUGUUCUUUGUCGUUCUGCCCGGUGCACUCGUACCUUAUUUCCGCAAGGUCCGGUACCUGUCCGACCUUCCGAAACUUGAGGACCAAGGCCGACUACGACAGCAGGGCUUGCAGGGACCUUUAGUGUUGUGCCAGUUGAACGCGGAGAGCUUUUCGCGACCCGAGCCUUGGGCAUACCGGGCGGAACACAUACCGACCGAGCACUGCACCCACAUAGUGUUCUCCAUGCCGGGCCUCAAAGACUGGUUCAACGACCUCAUCAACUACGACGUGUACCACGUGGCUACGCGGCCUUUCUUCUGGCGGGCCGUUGACCUGCUGCUUGAGCGCAAGAACGCUCACCUACUGGUCAGCGUAGGUGCGUUCGGCGACGUGACCAGUCUGAUGGCCGACGUUGCGGGCAACGGUGACACCAUGGCGCGCUUCUCACGCAACAUGGUGCGAUGGGUGCUAGGCAACAAGCUGGACGGCGCGUUGCUUGCCGGCGUGUUUCCGGCUCCUGCCAACAUGCGCAACGCAAUGGUCAAGAUGGUUAAAAAGCUCGGCACGUUGUUUCGCGUCCACCACAUCAACCUGGGCCUUGUCGUCCCACCGCAGGCGCAGCUCUUCCAUACUCACGGCGCCGGGGUGAAGCUGGCACAGUUCGUGGACCUUGUCGUCGUGACGGUAAAUAAGGAACCAUCGGUGCGAAGCGCGGCCGAAAGCGCGUUGAACAUCGGCAGUGCGAUCGAGCUCCUGCGAGAGUGCGGCGUACCGGCCUCCAAGUUGGUGCCCACGUUCAGCAUGGAGGUUAUCGUGUACAAGUUCCUGGACACACUCGACUCCAUCAACACCACAUCUCCUGUGGCAUUGCCAUACUACACGGUUUGCGAGCGGAUCCAGCAGGGAGGCUGGGAACUCAUGUUCGACUCCAGUACCCAUUCCAACUUCCUUCACAGAAAGCACGAGUGGAUCAACUUCGACGAUGCACGAAGUAUCGCUGAGAAGAUGGAGGUGAUUCGCAAUGAAUCGGUGGCUGGAAUCAUGCUGUGGGACAUCAGCGUCGACGACUUCAAAGGAGCGUGCGGGCCCGUUCACCCACUCGUGGCAGCUGUGUACGCCAGCCUCAUGACCCCAGGAAAGAUGGCCGAGCAGCCACUACUCACCAUCGCACAGGAGGCUGAGAACAGCACCGCUGACCACUCUUGACAUUCCCGCGUACAACAUGCCGCUGCACUUGUUGCUGCGACAGGCAGCAACGGAAAAAAUAAUGAAGAAAAGUGGGUAUCGCGCAGCUUUAAGUGAAACGGGAGAGACUGCACUUUUUUUUUUUUUCAUUCGCGCAGGUUCUGUGGUUUUCAUCCAUUAAAGUG